GGCCGGCACAGUCAGUUCUGAUAACAGCAACAGUAGGAGGAGGAUGAGCAGAGGCUCCGCCCCUUUCACUCCCUCAGAUAUAAAUAGGAGGUGGGUUUUUUUUUGCUCCACACUUCACUUGAAGGAUGAGAGCCCUGAAACACCUUAAACAUCACACCAGGAGCAAUGAGGAUCUGCAGGAGCAGGAAGUCCCUCUGGUCCACUGCUAUUCCAGGGUGAUGGCGCGUGUUGUGGACGCUGGCACGCAGACUGACCCGGUGGUGGUCCUGUCCUUGGCCCAAGCUGCCGUGCUUGGGCUCAUAUCUCAGAACGAGAUCUUCGGUGCCACCAUCGCCCCUAAUGGCUUCUACAUGGGAGAAGCACGCGACUGCCCCCCGCCCCCUACAGAGGCAAUGGAGUAUGAAUAUGCAGACCAGUUGAUUGGGGCCAAUGGAGACUACCUGCCAGAGCCCCAUGGGGAGGACAGGGUGUCAGAGAGGAGGCGCCCUGGGCCCCGGGGGAGGAACAAGAGGCCACGGGUGGAAGAGGUGGUUGAGCCGACGGCGAAAUCCCCUGACAUACGGGCCCACGUGAAAGGAGAGAGGCCAGAGUUCUCUAGCUCCUGCUACCGCUUGAAUGCUUCUCACACUGACAGCGAGCCCGAGGUGCUGGACCUUACGCCCCACAGGGUCCCGCUGAAGGAGGAGCACACUAACAAAGGCUGCGCCGAGCUCGGCAAGGAGCUGAGCAGACAGCAGACAGACACCGACUCAGACACGGAGUCCCGGGCUGUGGGACGCAGCCCUGGGGGCCGGGAGAGUGGAGCAGCCAGCCGGCCAGAGGAAGGAGCCAGGAAGGAGGAAGAGCAGGAGGAGGAGAGGGCACUGAACCUCAAGACACCAGAGGUGGAGGUGAGCCCUGUGAUGAGGCGCUACUACGAGUCCAGCGUGGUAGCCUAUGAGGCGGCCGAGAUGGGCCUGGCAGCUGACUACGAGGACAGCGGGCAGGCCCUGCCGUGGGCAGAUGGCGAGAACUCGGUGGGCCGGCGCAUGCAAAUCGACCGGCUGGACAUCAACGUGCAGAUCGACGAGUCGUACUGCGUGGAUGUCGGCGAGGGCCUGAAGCGCUGGAAAUGCCGCAUGUGCGAGAAGUCGUACACAUCCAAAUACAACUUGGUGACGCACAUCCUGGGGCACAACGGCAUCAAGCCGCAUGAGUGCCUGCACUGCGGUAAGCUCUUCAAGCAGCCCAGCCACCUGCAGACGCACCUGCUCACACAUCAGGGCACACGGCCGCACAAGUGUACCGUCUGCAAGAAGGCCUUCACGCAGACCAGCCACCUGAAGCGUCACAUGCUGCAGCACUCGGACGUGAAGCCGUACAGCUGCCGCUUCUGCGGCCGCGGCUUCGCCUACCCCAGCGAGUUGCGCACGCACGAAGCCAAGCAUGAGAAUGGCCACUGCCACGUGUGCACGCAGUGUGGCAUGGAGUUCCCUACGCACGCCCACCUGCGACGCCACCAGGUCAGCCACCAGGGCCCAGCCACCUUCCAGUGUGGCGAGUGCCACAAGUCCUUCGCCUACCGCAGCCAGCUCCAGAACCACCUGAUGAAGCACCAGAACAUGCGGCCCUUCGUCUGCUCCGAGUGCGGCAUGGAGUUUGUGCAGGUGCACCACCUCAAGCAGCACAUGCUCACGCACAAGGUACUGACACAGCAGGCCCUCGAGCACAAGGGGCUGAAGGACUACAAAUGUGACGUGUGCUCUCGUGAGUUCACCCUCUCGGCCAACCUUAAGCGCCACAUGCUGAUCCACACAAGUGUGCGGCCCUUCCAGUGCCACGUCUGCUUCAAGACCUUCGUCCAGAAACAAACCCUCAAAACCCACAUGAUCGUCCACCUUCCUGUCAAACCCUUUAAGUGCAAGGUGUGCGGGAAGUCCUUCAACAGAAUGUACAAUCUCCUGGGACACAUGCACCUUCACGCAGGUAGCAAGCCCUUCAAGUGCCCCUACUGCACCAGUAAGUUCAAUCUUAAGGGGAACCUCAGCCGACACAUGAAGGUCAAACACGGCAUCCUGGACGCCUCACCGGAUGGGCAAGACACGUUGCCUGACAUGGAUGGCCAGGAGGACUACGAGGAGGAGAGCUUCGACUACAGCGAGCGGGAGAACCUGGCCAGCAACAACGCACAGGACCUCGCCAAACUGGCUGAGAUGGGUUACUACAACUACGCCAAGGCUGCUGCCCGCUACACCACAGCCUAAGCAUUUCCAGGAGACACUGGAACAUGGUAGCCACAGAGGUUUCUGUAAUGUGCUAGGCUUCAGGGUGGACUGAGAAAUGGCUGCCUAGUGAUUGUGGACGGGGAUCCAUUUUGGCUACUCUGUAAGAGGAAGUGACACUUCCGCCUCCUGAUUAUAAGAACGUUACUUAUUUCCCUUAACAAGAAAACUACAUUUAGCCAUCAUGAUAUGGGUAAUAAAAGGAGGAAUACAACUACUGAAGAUUUUUAAUUUUUUGAUUAACAUGCCAAAUUACGCUUGUUGGCCAGCAACACUGAAUAACAUCUGAGUUAAAUUCUAUGAUGCAGUACAACAGUGUAUAUAGAGGCACGUCUCCACCAGAGACAAUCUGCCGUUCUUUCAAACGAGUUGGAGCCAUCCAUAUUAUAAAUGACUAAUUACAAGCACAUUGCUAGCCAAUUAUAAUUCAAGUUGUCCUAUGACAAGUAAGUUUGGACAAAACCAAAGCUGACUAGGUGUGAAUUCUCUGGUAUUUCCCAACACAGUUUCAUUUCUUUCUUUUUUUUUCCUAUCUUAAUACACCCCAUAACCUUUCAAAAAUCUUCCUCUGCAGUGUUCCGUGGUGGUUGUUUUGGGGUUUUUUUUUUUUUUUUUUUUUUGGUUGUUUUUUUUCUUAUUAAUGAAGCAUGUAGGACCAUGUUUGUGACCAGUGGAUUGACUAAGGUGUGAGGAAGUCUUCAGUGCCUGUUGCAUUCUGGUUUUGCCCGGAGCAAGUCCAGGUCACUCUCCAGACACAUUUCAGUAUUGUAACAUUGGGGCAUUUUUGGAACCUGUAUUUAUUGUGCAAUGUUAUUUUCUUGGCAUGCUCAAGGGUAACAUACUAUUGAUGUUCCAUAUUGGGAAAGCACUGUACUGUUUAACUGUCUGGAAUUAUAUCUGGGGUGACGAUAUGGUAGCAAAGACCCACUUUUGUAUUCUUUUCGGCAGGACUGACUUACGUGGUCAUUGUUCUUGUUGCAUUUGGUCACAUGGUACUGCACCAUGUGAGGAACACUGUGUCAAAAUUCCCAAAAAUAAGGCACGUGCCAUCAUUCCUAUGGCUAUUGUUGGUCUCUGGGGUUGAAUGUGAGGACAAUGUUCUGAAAAACUUGGGACAGGAAUAUUAACUGCCUUUGUGUCUGUAAGACAGUGGGCUAUCCAUCAUUCUCGCAUGGAGCUCUAAAGUGAUGAACGACAGGCCACUGACGCAGGACAGGGCCAGAGACCCAGCACAGAGUGAUUGAGAAAAUGUACAAUGUAUUCUGUUCCUGCUUAGCUUUACAUGGACACCCUCGGUCCUGCAAGCCAGGCAAUGCUACAUUAUGUUAAUACAGCACACUUAAAAAAAGAAAAAAAGGAAAAACCCACAGUGCAGACUGAGCAAGUUCUGCUGUUUCAGAAUGUGUCCUUGAAGCUUUAGCCAUCACUCCAAGCUAGCAAGGGCGUUUUAGUUUUAUAUAAGCUUUCACUUUUUCAUCGCACAUCAGUGUGAAUAUGCAGUUGAUAGUUCUAUGUUAAAUGUUGUGCUCUGGAUAAUACUGUAUAUUAAUACAUUUAUUUACCUUUAACUGUCUCUUGUCAUCUUUACAAACAGCACAAGAAGAGAGGUUCAAACAAUUUAUUAGAGGGUUUCUGAAAUGGUGCUGUCCUUUUUUUUUUUUUCCAUGGUAUAAUACAGUUUUUGACAUACAGUACUUCAUUUUACAAAAAUAAAACCUUGGAGUUGUAAGGAGACAAUGGUGAUGGAGUGGACUGAUGGCACCAGCAGUUUAGCCAACAGCACUAAGAAUACAACUUCUACUUUUGUUUUUAACUUCUCCCUUGAGGCUUAAUGCUUGUGGUUAUUAUGAACUUUAAGUUAAAAAUGAGGUACAAAAAAAGACCCUUUUCACCAUCUUCACUGUAUUCCUUCAUUUGCCCAGGGCCUUGUCAAGGUUGGUCUUGAUUGCGUCCAAGAAGUCUGUGGUGUUGACGUAGUGCUCAUUGAGCUUAACACUGCA